AUGACUGAGAGCCCUGCAGAAACGCUACCUCGCGGAAGCGCCGAGUUUGUAGAAAGCUCCGUGCUUGAGGCCGUGGUACCUGCAAGCUCCGACAUCGACAUCGAGGACGAGUUAAGCUCCUGGGACGGAGUUAUAGAAGACGAUAAUGGCUCGGUGUUACCAUUCGUGUCACAAAGACAAGUCCUACUUCUCGAUGAACUACUAUCGGUAUACGUCGUGUUCCGGACUCCAUUGCUCGAGGAUGACAUUCUGAAAUCAUAUCUUGCCAGGCUAGUGGUCAUCGUGGAGGCUUUUGCAUUCAGUACCGCACCGCCACUUGAAAAUGAGCCCAAAACUGCUCCUAAAGAGAUCAUUUACUCAGGCGUUAUCAAAGACGACGAUGAGCCCACCGUUAUCCGUCACGGAGAGGGAGACGAUACUUGUACUUACGUUAUUUGGAAGGUUGAGGUGUUCAUAUCUCGACCGCAGGGACGAUUUCAUAGACCUGCAGUCUAUUUCCAGCCUACGGCUACCUUCAAGCCCGCUGAGAGACCUAAGAAGAAUGUCUUGGAAGACGAGUAUUUACCAAGCGGAGUGCCUACAGCACUCAACCUGCUUCAGGCAUUUGAGAACGAUCCUGCCCUAGCCGGCAUACAUCCUCGAUUGUCGGCAAUGCGAAUCAACAAGGUUACCCCAAGCGCUCCUUUCGCGAGAGAGAUGGUUCGUCCGAUUCGCAAUGGACAACGACUUCUCUUCCGAGUACUGCCACCUUUAAUAUGGAGGAUGAGGUAUUCACGAGUGCAAACAUCGCUGAGCGAUUUGUCUUUGAUGGCUUCGUUGGAUCUGGAAGUUGCACAGUUUGCUGCAUACCAUGUCAAAAUCAGCAAAGUAGCCCUAACAUUGCACGGCGGCCAGGUCAAACCCUUGUCAGAUCGAGAAAACACGACAGCACUCCAUGGCCCAGGCGACCACUUGACAUACCUAUAUAAGAUCACUCCUGAUCUAACCUCCGACGGGAAACCGGCACUCGGGAAUAAAGAGUGCUUUCUGAUCUUGAACAUCGAGGCACAAGUUUUGAUAUCCACAGACUGCAGGCCAAACAUCGCGAUUGAAUGGAAGACUCCUGUCGACUUCACAAACGAACAGAUAUCUAGCCUAAUCAGAGCCCCCCAGACACUGAGCGGCUCCACGGCGCCGAAUUCAAAAGCGCCGAACCCCGAUUCACUUCCAGUACAUGAUACACAAAGUCAGCAAGAUAACAACACAUCGCAUAACGAUAUCAACGUUACCCUUACAGUAUCAGGACCUCCCAGAGUACGAGUCGGGGAGAUUUUUACAUGGGACGUUUUCAUGGUCAAUCGUUCGGACAAGAUACGCAAACUAGCGGUAAUAGUGAUCUCGAAGAGAAAGAGAGAUUAUGAAAGCCACCAGUCACACCCUUCGAUAUCCUCCACAAGUGGCCACGCAACGGAAAAGAAGGAUCUUCUCGCAGCUGCCGUGAUAGACGAGAACAUUAUUUAUGCAAAACAAAAGAGUGCUAGAACGGAAACAGCAGAACUGAUUUGCCUGACCACCGACAUUCGGCUAGGGCAACUAUCACCUGGCUCAUGCUAUACUGCUGAUCUGAAGUUCCUUGCCCUCUCUACCGGCGCGUUGUCUGUAGAGUCGAUUCGCGUCAUCGAUCUAGCAACGAAUGAGACUGCAGACAUCCGCGACCUACCAAGUAUUGUAGCAGUAGAGAAAGAGGAUAAUAGUCAGAGCAUAUAA